CGUGGACUGCGUGAAGCUAUUCGUUGUACUGAGUCCGACCACACUUGGGGCAAUUUGUGGCCUUGCAUCCCUUGUUCAAUCUGGAAACCUGUCCUGAGGCCGCCAACAGCGAUGACUUCCACGGGCAGGAACUGCGCGUAUCCGUGAGAUCGUUCCUUGUUACAGAAGCGCAGCUUCAUCAUCUCACGUAGUGUCUCAAGUUGGUUCCGCGCAGGCAUCUUCAUGCAGCGAUGUCGCACACGCUAGUCAGGUCGGUGCCACAAAUCGCUCAAAAUAUCCCUUGAACGACAGUUUCGGUAUAUAAUUCGACUGCAUGAAAAAUCGAUCUUGGUGGGGUCGCUGUCGAAGCAUUGCGAGUCGACGGCACGCAGGGCAACGAUGGAGAGCACGACGAUGCGGACAUCCAAGAGCAUCGCGCAAAGCGAGCUGCAGCAGCUGAAAGACACGUUGAGACGCCUCAGUCUAGCCGACGAGCAUCAUUCCGUGACGGCAACUUCCAAGAUCCAUGCGAUGUUUGGUCCGACGGCGACGUCGACUGUGCAAACUUCGUUUCUUACGUCACCUUCGUCAUUUGACAACCAAAAGCACGUCGAUCCGGCCAACUCUUCCGGCAAUCUUUCGAACAGCAGCUCGUCGUCCUCCAGUCUGUCCCCUGACUUGACGGCCAAAGCGUCGACGACGUCGCCGAUGCUGCCGAUCCAUUCGCCGUUUCGCAUGACGGGAAAUGGUACGUCUACGUCCGCGGCCGCCAACAGCAAAGCCGUCUUGUCGGCGUUGAAGGCGCUUCAAGACAAGAAUCGACGGCUCGAAGAGGAAAAAACAACGCUCGAGUCCCAGUGCGCGAGUUUGAAAGCCCAGUUGCGGUCGAACGAAGCACAGCACUUGAGCGCUGCCAAGAAGACGGCGUAUGAGUUCGCGCAAGCUAAAGAUGCCGCUCAUGCCGCGUACGAAGUCCUGCGGUACUUUCCAUGCACCCUCGUCGAGAUCGCGGCGGAAGCAAUGCUCAUCGUCAUAUUCUGUAGGAUCGAAAGGGAUUCGUUGGUUGCCGAGCUAGCUCAAGCCAAACUCCACAGUACACACCAGGCCAACGAAAUAGACCACAGCAACGACCUUGUGGCAUCGCUCAAGGACAAAUGCGAGCACGCUAGCGUUGAAACCACGGCGAUGGAGGCGCAGCUGCGUAGAGUUCAAGCCGAACUCACCGAAUCCAAUCAAAUGGCCAAGGAGCGCAUGGUGGAAUUGCAGGAAGCGCUCCAUGCGGCGAAUCGAUCGGGAAAAGAGUCGGCGCGCCAAGUUCAGGGACUUGAGGACCAACUCAAGCGCGCGAAUGAUGCCAACGCCUCGCUGGAAGAUCGGCUGCACGACACCGAGAAAACGGUCGCGCAAAUGUCCCAGCUCAACGAAAAACUUGUACACAAUCUGUGGGCGAAAACAAAGACGGCCAAGUCGAACAAAACGACAGCAAAAAGCACGGCCAAGAAGCACUCGGUGCCAUCGCCACGCAAUGUUGUUACCCGGUCCACGGCAGCCAGUCGCGCGUCAGCAAAAGCAACAACGGUCGCGCUUUCUGCAUCCUCUGGUGUCGUCAAGCCCAAGAAAAAGGGGACAACGUCGUCGCGCAUCACAAAGCGACACAGCACGAACAAGGCUCAGCUCGAGCAGGCCAACAUGGGAGUGGUUCCGUUCCUCCUGGGCAAGUCGACGCAGCCGUCAUUUUCGGUCAUUGGAAACGCACAAGAAGCGCUUCGACACUCGGACGCUUUCCACGCGGUUGCUCCGGAUGUGCACCCACCGCUCCACCAGCUUCAUCAAAGGCACUCAGCGGCGAAAUUGGAAGCACAAGGACAAGCGCAUCGCCACAUAGAUGAUGACGACAGUGACAACGAUAGAGUCGGUGGAAAAAACACCAUGGGCAGGCUUCUAUCGGUCGACACAUCAAUAGAAGGUGGCGACGAUAAGCCGACGAAAGCAAGCUUCAUGGCGACGUUGACCAAAGCAAUCAACAGCGUCGAUACAGAAUUCAACGACCUCAAUACACGGUACAAAUCGUUGGUUGGGCAAGUCGACAGCCCAGGCGUGAGUAAAACUCUUGAACGCACGAUCGACGAGCUUGAAACCAAAGGCGAACAGCUCUUUUUGCUCAAGCAGUUGCACGCGCAAGCGUCCAAAAGCAGCAUUUUUGCCUCGCGAAAGGUCCUCCACAGCCCCGACGCGGCCGAUAAAAAAGCUGCCGCACUCCGAGUUCUCAACGAUUACAGGAAGCUCGACCGGAACAUCAAGACGAGGUCAGGUUCGAGGUAGCAGCAAGUGUCCAUCGUAGUCAGUUGAGUCCGGGUAACAUGUCGCCCAUUGUCUACAGUCGGAUCUUCUUCGUGUGCAUCGACAGGAGCAUCGAGGACGCUUGGUUCAAUCAACGAUUCUGCUGUUCGUGCGGCAGAUUGCUCGGACCUUCGCCACCGCCACUGAGCGUUUGUGCAUUCAGCCGGUGAUUGGAUUUGGCAUCCAACAAGGCUUCCAUGCGCAGUUCAAAAUAUGAAAACGCUUUGUACUUGGCAGCGUCCGUAUCGUAUUGGGAAGGUUGGAGCUUGGC